UUCAUGAAGAAUUUAGACUACCAGAGCUUGAAUCAUUAGCAAAAAUUGAAGAUGUAAAGUUGACAUAUAAUAAAGAAGAAUAUAAAAAAAAUUGUCCAUUUUUGGUCGUUGACAUUGAAACUGAGGAAGAAGCGGCAAGACUUAUUAAACGAGCUAUUUUGAUAAAAAAUAUUUAUGAAUUAUGGGGAAUGGGUGAAACAUAUGAUGAAGUGCAUGCUCAAGUAAAAGCUUAUCCUGAACGAUGGUCUUCAUAUAUCCACAAAUCAUUUAAAUUCACGGUAUCAGGCUUCGGAUCCACAUGUUCAUCAGAUUAUCAAGUUCGUAUAAUCAAUUCUUUUUCUUAUCUUGGAUUUAAAGGAGAUAUCGACUUAAAAAAUCCACAAGUACAAUUUGGUGUAUUAGAAGACUAUGGGCUAGACCCUCAUGCUGCACUUCCACCACCAAAUCCUUAUACUAUAUAUUUUGGGCGUUUGAUUGCUUCUGGAAAUAGGGAUCUGGUUCAGAAAUACAAUUUAAAAAAAAGAAAAUAUAUCGGAAAUACGUCAAUGGACGCUGAAUUAUCAUUGAUAAUGGCUAAUCAAGCAUUGGCUUCUCCGGGAAAACUGAUAUAUGAUCCGUUCGUAGGUACAGGCAGCUUUCUUUUAACAUGUGCACACUUUGGCGCGUUCACUUUGGGGUCAGACAUCGACGGACGGCAAAUUCGUGGACAAGCGGAUAAAUCUGUAAAAUCCAACAUAGAUCAAUAUAAUCUAGGUGACAAAGUCUUGGAUACCUUAGUCUUUGAUAUAUGUCAUCAUCCGUGGCGAGAAAAUCUCUGGUUUGAUGCAAUUGUGACCGAUCCACCGUAUGGUGUUAGGGCGGGUGCAAAAAAACUUGGAAGAAAAGAUCCAACAAAACGGUCGCGUGUAGUUGAUGGUGUACCAGCUCACAAACGCGAAAAUUAUUAUCCGCCAACAAAGCCAUACGAAAUGUCUGAAGUGCUCAUAGAUCUGUUGGAAUUCGCUGCACGAUUUUUAGUAGUUGGUGGUCGUUUAGUAUAUUGGUUACCAACUAUUGUUGAUGAGUAUUCGAGUGAAGAUAUACCUGAACACCCGUGCAUGAUUCUGAUUUCUAAUAGUGAGCAAAAUUUUGGGCAAUGGAGUAGACGAUUAGUUACGAUGGAAAAAUUUAAGGAGAAUGUCGAAGGUGAACAUGCAAGUGUGAACAAUGCAAAAAGUUUAGAUAACAUGUCAUUGUUAUUCCAAAAAAAGAAAGAGGGAAAAAGUGAUGGUGAUGGAAAAGAUUUCGAAAAAACAAAUGAUAACGACGCGAAUAAAAAACCUGGUCAUUACUUAUUUCGCGAAAAAUCCGAAGAAAAAACUAAAAGAGAGCAGACAUGGAUAAGAUUUAAGAACAAAGACAAUGCAAAUGACAGUGUUGAUAACGUGCAAUCAUCUUCUACAAUACCACCUACAGAAAAUAUCCUUAGUGAAAAGCCAUCAGAUUAUAAUACUAAAAAGCCGGAACAAUAA